CCUUAGGAGGGAGUCCGUUCGUGGUCAGUUGUCUUCAGUUCCACCGGUGCCAGCUUUACCAUCUACCCAGCCGCCCAAGAACAACAAGAGGAAGGAUAAGGGUGCCCAGACAGAUCAGAGGGCUCGACGGAGGCUACAACAGGUUCCACAGUGCCCGACAUGUGGACGACAUCACCGAGGCGAGUUUCGCUUUGGUCAGGAUGUGUGCUACUACUGUCACGAGGCCGGACACUUCGCGAACCGUUGUCCGAAGAAGGCGCAGCAGCCUCAGCAGCCACCGCAGCAGCAGCAGCCCCGUCAGCAGGCACAGAGACAGCCUCAGCAGCAGCAGAGGGGCAGACAGCAGGCCAGAGUUUACGCCAUCGAUCAGGCGGAGGCCGAGCAGCAGCCAGGUACCAUGUCAGGAAUGGUUAUUCUUAAUAAUGUUCCUGUGUUUGCUUUAUUUGAUACCGGAGCGACGCAUACUUUCAUUUCACGACGAUGUCUUGAUGCCAUCGGAGUUCGCGCUACUACCGCUAUCGAUCCUCUCGAGGUGAGUUUGGCCUCGGGAAGAAAGAUAGUGACUUCAGCUAAAGCUUCAGAUCUUAGCCUUUCCAUCAGUGGCCGAGUUUUGUCAACCGACGCAUUUGUUCUCGAGAUGAAGGACUUCGACCUUAUUCUCGGAAUGGAUUGGCUAUCCUUUUAUCAUGCGGAUAUCAAAUGUCACGAUCGGGAGAUUACUCUUUAUCUUCCGAGAGACGAGUCCAUUACUUUCUUCAGCUCCAGAAACCGUUCUUUGCCUCAUGUUGUUUCAAUGGCGAAAGCCACUAAGUUGCUGCGUCGAGGCAACUACCAGGGUUAUCUGGUGAGCCUUGUUGAUGAUUCCCAGAAAGCGCGUUCACCUCACGAUGUUCCAGUCGUUCGAGAGUUUGUGGAUGUAUUCCCAAACGAGCUUCCAGGAGGACCGCCUAAUCGGCAGGUGGAGUUCUCUGUAGACCUUAUUCCAGUGGCCGGUCCGAUAUCCAAAGCCUCGUACCGUAUGGCGCCUAAGGAGUUGCAGGAGCUUAAGGCGCAGAUUCAGGAGCUGUUACGAGUCGGUUUCAUCCGACCGAGUGUGUCACCUUGGGGAGCACCCGUUCUCUUUGUUAAGAAGAAGGACGGAUCCAUGCGCAUGUGUAUCGACUACCAGGAUCUUAACCGGUUGACGAUCAAGAAUAAGUAUCCGCUUCCCAGGAUCGACGACUUAUUUGAUCAGCUGAGGGGAGCCUAUGUAUUUUCAAAGAUUGAUUUACGAUCAGGCUACCACCAGCUGAAGAUUAAGGAAUCAGACAUCGCUAAGACUGCUUUCAGGACUCGUUACGGCCAUUACGAGUUC